AUGGAUGCAACUACAAAGUUUUCUAGUAAUGUGACAUUGAUAAACGUUACAGAACAGGAAACGUUCAACGCAACGUCAUCAAACGUUUCCGGAUGGGAGCCUUACUCUAUAGUCAGUUACUAUAGAGACACGAAAGUGCUGCUCUGGAGGGUGAUGCCGCCGAUUCUUGUUUCCAUUGGAACGAUCGGAAACGCUCUGACUAUUAUCGUGCUGCUUCGUCAGAAGAAGAUGACGUCAACGGCGGUGUUCCUGUUUGCUCUGGCACUUUCAGAUACGCUCAUUUUGUUGAGCGCACUUCUGCCAAACUGGGUGGGUUAUACCUGGGACAUUGACGUCCUGUUGCUGAGUAGCCCUGGGUGUAAAGCGCUAGCCUACCUUGCCUACUGCAGCAUCCACCUCUCAUCGUGGCUGAUCGUGGUCGUCAAGUUCGAGAGAAAAGCUUGCGUGCUGUUCCCGCAUAAAGUGAGACUGUGCUGUUCCGCACACAACGCUGGUAUGAUCAUCAUCUCCAUUGUGCUAGCUGUGUUCGGAAUUAAUAUAAUACUACUCGUGAUAAAUGAUGUCAAUGAAUACACGGGCUGGAUGUGUUCUGUGUCCAGGAAGGAGUAUCGAGACCUAUUUCACUACGUUUAUGGAUGGAUCGACUUCACGUUAACUUUCGGCGCGCCUUUCCCGCUGCUACUCAUUGGCAACGUCAUCAUCGUUGUGCAGCUCGCGCGCUCCCGUUCAAUACGUCAGCGGAUGAACAUUUCCGGUCAGGCACGCGACACGCGUCCAGUGUCGAUUCUAAUGAUCGGGCUGUGCGUGAUGUUCCUCCUCACGAUGACACCGGUGUCAGUCUUUGUUUUUUACACCCCCUACCAGAAGGAGAAACUCCUGGCGCUCGUGUCAAAUGAUCCUUACAAGGCCAUGUACGAGGCCCAGUACUUUCAGUUCCUUCACGCUGUUGCCAUUCUGGUCAGCUACUUCAACUACACCUUCAACUCUGACAUCUACGUAUUUAGCGGCUCGGAAUUUCGCGCAGAGCCGAGGAGCCUGCUUUGUUGUAAUGCAACACAAGGCACCAGAUUGUUUGGAAGCUAG